CUGGGCCCGCUCACCACAACUUGGGAGCCGCGGGCAGACUGCUCGCUGCUCAUCGCCGAGUGCGACUCAUGCAACGGCGCAAAGCAGGCACAGUUCUGCGGGCAGGACGCGCGGAGGACGGACAAUGGCGACUGCUGGCCGCCGCGCGCGGCCAAUGCGCCGUCGUCCUCGUUCCCCUUCAACGGAUGGGGGUUUUAUUCGCCGGGACUGGCGUGUCCGACGGGCUACGCGCCUGCCUGCAUGCAAACGGCGGGGGGCACUUUGGAUGAAGGAUUCGAUUUUCAGUUUCCACUGGCAGCCCAAGAGACGGCUGUUGGUUGUUGUCCAAGCGGAUACACAUGCGCCUACGUUAGCAACGGGGCACAGACCUGCCAGUCCGUAGCAUCGAACAGAGCCGUCGUGACCACAGGUACAUGUAACCUGAACCGCGACAACAUCGCCUUCAGCCCAAAGACGAUACCUUUCCUCGCGACCAUCACAGCUGCUCAACAACAACCCGUGCUUGCCACCGUCACAACGUACACGCUGCAGGCUCCUCUGUUCCAGCUGGUAUAUCGCUCCUCAGACUCCGCCUCAUUCCCAGCUAUAACGCCCCCAUCGCAGCAGACGGACUUGCUUGGCGGACUGCCAACGCCGACAACGUUACCUGGAGGCGGUGGCAUUCAAGGUCCCGCCACCUCGAGCAAUGCGGGCCCAAGGAUAUCGCUUGGCGCGGCCGUGGGCAUCGGUAUCGGC